AUGUUUAUCUCCUUCGACCUGGGAGAACGACCACAAGGUUUGUCGGAUACUUUCGUAAUGCUUUACUUAACCAUGAUUAAGAAUACGUAUUGUCGAAGUAGUGAGCUGCGGGAAGUACGAGCCAAUGCCACCAACAUCAAGGAAUACGUUGACAGCUUAGUUGCCGAUCCUCUCAUUGCUAGGAAGAGCCUGGAAUUUUGGCAAGAAGUUUACAAGGUCACAUUGAAUGAUGGUCAAAAACUUCUUGUAAGGAGAUCAACUCCUUACCGAAUCAAUUAUUUUCGAAAAUUUUAUAUUUGGAUUCAAGAACAAGGUUUUUGGUGGUUGGUCAAACACAAUACUCGUAAUGCCGCAGUUGCUUCGAGCGUGGAACAAGCCAGCUUAGCCGACAUUUAUUUAAAGGUGUGUGAUCAUGGGUCUCGGUGCUAUGGAUUACAAGUAAUAAUAUCCAAAGCACUGAAGACCUACAUAGAAAACGCCGAUCCUCCUUUGAAACCAUGCGAACAGAAAAUACCAAUGAUGAAUCUUAGUUGGGAGGAUAGAAAUUUUGCCACCGUGUUAUACGAGGUUGGUACUGUUCUUCCAUGGGAACAGUACAGUAUUAUAAUUACCGUAAGACAUGAUGCUGGUAUAAUUGUCUCGCUAGACAUUACACUUAAAGGUCUUAUUAAACUUUUGAGAGAUCGAGCGAAAUAUGAGUUUGCUCGUAUCCGACGUCUAGCUGGGGAGCGGCUGAGGAAUUUGGCAACGGAAGAGUCGUCGAGUGAAGAAGAAUGGGAAAACAUGGAUUGGAAUGAAAAUAACAGGACGGAGACUCUUAAUACUAGCGGAGAUGAGAAGACUGUUGAUGUGCAACAAUUGCUGCAAGAAUACGCUCGUCAAAGCUUCCAGCAAGGCAAAAAUGUUGCCAUAAAACUAACAGAAUGUCUUGCUCGGGUUGCUAGGCGGCCUAUUCAGGUCGCACUACAUGACUCGGUGGUAAUACUUACAAGCGCGUUCGAAAGACGUGUCAAGAAAUUGGGUGAAGUUCGCAAGGCACUGGCUGCCCAAGUGCUUGCUUCCAAAUUGGGCAAUAUUGAUUUGCGGUGUUUUGAGUACAACAAGGGCUUCGCAGAAUUUGCUGCCCAAAAUAGUUUGCAUCGCUAUCUUUAUGUUCAUGGACAUGAGUUGGUUGUUGAUGCAAACACCAUCUUCAUAAUGUUUGAGGGUCAACAUCGCCCAUGGAAUGAAAUUCGACCACUUAUACGAUACGCAGAACCUGGUUCGUCUGUGCUGGCAGGACAGUAUUCUCGCUUCGGGAUAAUAAAUAAGGGAGUCUAUGAGUGGACAUCCCUGGAGCCGUUUCUUAUAUCUCCAUCCCCACCUCCCUGGGGGAAUCGUUAUCUAUUGGAAAUAUGUUCCUGGAUAAUCGAUCGACCCCGCUUGACGGGAGAUCAUACAUGGUUUCGCUUGAAGACGCCACGUGGGGAAUGGUAUUCCGUUGGGCAAUACCGGCCAUCAAAGGGGCUUCACGGAACAGUUCGUGUUUCCGAUGAAGAUAAAGGCCAGCAAGUUCAUGUCCCCGGACGUGUCGCUGACUUCUCUCAGGAAUUCUGGCGGGGCAACUACACCGUCAUUGCGGUGGAGAUUUCGGAGGAAGAAUUUUUGCGCAUGAAGCGCAAAAUCGAACUCGAUCAGCUUGCGAAGGAACACACGUACCAAGUGUUCCAACGCAAUUGCGUGCUUUACGCAAAGGAAGUGGCAUUAUUAGCGGAUAUCGAUUUCCCGAUAUCUACACCUAUAAUCAGACUUCUCGUCCGUGACGAGGAACUUUUAGAGAGGAGUCGAAGAGUUCUCAAUAACCCGCAUACGCCUCGCUGGGUGAGGCCGUUGCUCACCCGGGUGUGGGCCAUUUUAUUCAAUACUUUCGGAUUGUUGUGGGGCUCCGGGGUGAUAGACCGCGAAAUUCGCGAGGACCCCAGGUUACGAGAUGUAGAGCCCUUUAUCAGGAACUUUCGGGAUUUGUCAAAUCCCGAAAGAGUGGUUGCGUAUCACCCGUUCAUCCUUGGUCACUACGUGCGAAACGAGGUGGAAGGAUGGCGGAGUGAGAAAAUAUCAAAACUCCAUGUGGAACGAGAGACGCUUGUCCUCGAACAGCAUGGUGAGCCAUCAUCAACAGAGCGAGAGAGACUUGCUCGCAGGAUUGAAGAUAUUGACAAGAAUCUGAAGAAACUAGCAGAGGAAAGGGUCGAUUGGUAUUUGGAUGAAAUGGAAGCAAUAACACGUAAGCGAGUAUCGAUUCCAACACUAUGGCGCUCGUUGAAAUAUUGUGGAAUUACACGGAAGAAGAUAUGCGCAUACUCAUAUGCGGGUACAAGAGCUCGAUCGAUGGUGAUAUUCGUUAGAGGUAAACGUAUACGACCAUUGAUGGGAUCGUUGCCGUUGAGGUUAUCGAGGGAAGCUACAAUAAAAAGAAGUUUGAAGUCUUUGAAAGUUACUAUUGCAAGUGGAGCACAAAGUAAAUGA